CGGGGGGCGAAGGUCCGAAGUUGAAAAGUUGACAGCAGCACUCAGGAGACGUUUCAACCAGCUUUGACAUGUCUGAAGUGAGCAACCAGCUGCCCACAGACCCCAUCUCUGCAGUUGGAGUAAUCACUUCUCUCAAUAAGGCCCCUGAUGGCUACUAUGUUGUUGCACAAACAACAGAUGGCAGUGACGCCGACCUGUGGAAGGACGGCUUAUUCAAAUCCAAGGUCACUCGCUACCUCUGUUUCACCAGAAAGACUGGGGCUGACGUUGUGGUGGACAUGAGGCUGAUUGACAUUAAGGACGUGCUGCCACACGGCUUCACACCUGUGGAAGAAACAUUGGACACAAAGGAAGCUGCCAUGAGGAAAAAGAGGCUCUGCGUGAAAAUCAGCCCUCGUGCGGCGGCUGUGACAGCUGUUUAUGACAUCCAGGUCAUUGCGAAGUCCAAGUACCAUCUUGUUAACUACACCAGUAUAGGUGAGAUAAACAGUAUUGGGAUAUGGUACAGGAUGGGAGACGUUCCUCAGCAUCUGUCGUCCCAGGAAACGUCCAGUACAGCUACCAGUGACGCUCCAGCCAACACAGCAAGCAAGACCACGAGGCCGGUCUACGAGCACCAGAGCAGUGGGAACUACGCCAUGACAGCUCUGGACGAUGUGCCCUUUGUGAUCCCUGAGAGGUUUUAUGAAAACCCCAAAGAGAUGCAGCAAGUCAAUUUAAUGGGCAUUACGAUCAAAUCCCUGGCAGAGAUCGAGGAGGAAUUUUACUAUAACUUCAGCGCAGAGCGAAGCAUUGCCGUGUAACUGAACUGAACAGCGCUCACCCCCCCGGGCAGACACAAGGACUGAAACGCUCCAGAUGGAUUAAAGGGAUCAUUUGUAAAAUAAUGUACUA